UUUCUGCCUGGUACUACGAUCAUUAUAGAGCCUUGCACCCAUAAUCUACCUUAUAUUGUCAGGAAUACCUUCCAUAGCAAUCCUUGCCCAAGAUUCCGUCGUUCAACGCGUUCAGCCUGUCCAUACUCGGCGCCUGUACCUCCAACCCCGCCCUUAUCACCCCGCGGCCGCCAUCCGGGCUGAUCCAAGCCCCGGCUCUUCCACCUUUCUCCAUACCAGCAGUCAAUAUGCCUUCUGAUCCAGAUUCCAUACCCGAGACUCCUCGAGUCACCUCUCCUUCUCCCACUCCAUCCGAGAGGAGGUCCAGCUUAGGAGAUUACUCCGGCCCUACAACGCGCUCCGCGGCGCGACGGCAGCGACUAGGAGAGGUGACGGAGGAAGCACAUGACAGUUCGAAUUCGGACUCGAAGCGCUCACGGGCGCGUUCUCGCAGCCCAAGUGCUCCUGAAUCUGCAAGGCGCCGUAACAGAAAAUCUAACCCGAAGCUGCCGGCUGGAAAGCCCAAGGCACCGACGAACGGCCAUGCAGCAUCCAACGGAUAUCUAUCACCACUCGCGAAACCCGGCAGCGGCUGGCCCGACAUCUCUCGAUCCCCCUCUCCUCUCGGUCUCAUACCCCUCCACAGCCGUUAUCGCACCUUUAUCCACCGUCAUGAAAUCCCGCGCAAGCUCCUUCAUGUAUCGAUCGGCUUCCUAACCCUCAACCUGUACACUCGCGGUAUCCAACCCCUCCAAAUUACGCCAUGGCUCUUUGGAGCUCUCGUACCAAUUGCCGCCAUAGAUGUUAUUCGUCAUCGGCCCGAAUUCCAGAGGGUCAACGAGAUGUAUAUCCGCUGUGUUGGAGCUCUCAUGCGUGAAACGGAGGUCUCUGGUUACAACGGUGUCAUCUGGUAUCUGGUGGGCACAUAUACAGUGUUGCGCUUCCUCCCCAAGGACGUUGGGGUUAUGAGUGUGCUGCUACUCAGUUGGUGCGAUACUGCCGCUUCUACGUUUGGACGUCUCUACGGCCGUUACACAUUCCAGCUGCGGAAGGGUAAGAGUUUCGCCGGGACGCUGGGAGCCUGGUUUGUUGGCGUUUUGACCGCCGCCGCAUUCUGGGGAUACUUCGUACCUUACAUCGGAACCUUCCCCAAUGAUCCCGAGGGAUCGUUCAUGUUCACUGGCCGUCUCAAUCUUCUUCCAGACUCAGUCAGGAACCUCAUUGGCUGGACUGCGGACUCCUCCAGCUCUGUCAUCUCGGGCCCAUUGGCCCUCGGGGUCAUGAGCGUUGUCUCAGGCUUGGUGGCCGCUGGAAGCGAGUUUGUAGACAUUUUCGGCAUGGAUGAUAACCUCACUAUUCCCAUCUUAAGCGGUAUCGGUCUGUGGGGUUUCCUGAAAGUUUUUGGUUAAAGUAGCAGCGGUUCAUACCCUUCGACGUGGUUACUUGUAUACGUUUCUUUUUGUUUAUUACCCGCACUGCAUCUUGGCUAUUUGCUGUAAGAGAGACAGCGAGAGAGCAAGCUGCAGUGCUUUGUCUAUCAUUCUCCUGAGAUCCAUUUCUUUACCCUGUCAAACUUGUUUAUUCCUCCUUAUACAUACACCCCAACUACCCAAUGACAGCAUCACCACUCUUCUCGCCCUGGUUUUACUUUCGACCCUGGUUUGCACAAGUUCCAUUGAAGAAGGCACUGAAAACAAUCAUAUUCAGCCGCGGAAGGGCUCUGUUUAAUGACUAG